CAACAAAAAUGAUAUCACCAAAUUCACUUACUCAGACUAUCCAGCAUGCGAGAUGGUACGCAAUAUACGUGCUGAUUCUGCUGCUGACGGCUUAUCUCCUAAAUCAGUUGGAUCGUUAUACUUUAGCAGUUUGUACGCAGCCUAUGGCGCAAGAUAUCCACUACGGUGAUCAGAGCUGCUUGGAAAAUACAAGCAUUAGUAACCUUGAUGAUGUCAUCGUUGAUGUUGAAUGUCACAAAAUUGUAGAUGAGACACAGUGCAUUACUGUCAUCGGCGCUGACAACACAACGGUCUGUAAAUGGGAUUACAAUGGACAAGGUACGCAGUAUCAACUCCUAGUCGGUCCAGUCUUCAUACUGAUUUACACGUUUACAGGAAUACCGCUGGGUUUUGCUGCCGAUAAAAGCAACCGCAAGAAUAUCCUGGCAGUGUGUUUGAUAUUUUGGAGUGCAAUGACGUUUUUGACCGGAUUUGCCCAGGAGUAUUGGCAUUUGGUUAUUUUACGAUUUGGUCUAGGAAUGGG